GCAUUGCACUGACAGAAUAUGGAUUUCUAAGUCCUGAAUAUAAAAUAUUCAUUUUGUCGAGAUUUGGUGUUCUGAAACCGACGUCUCUUUUGUUCUGACUGGGAGGGGGCUGUGUGUGCCAAGAGCCCUUUUAGGGAAGAGCAUAUUGCUCUUAAAAGGAGAGAACUUUGAGGAAUUAUUACAUGGUCAGAGUUGUUUUAUAAGUGGGGAGAAAGUGCCAUUAUUUUUAUUUGGACCUUUGUAGUUUCCUGUGUUUCUUAGGGUAUAUCUUUAUAUUUCAUCAGAUGUAAAGUUGCUGUUUCCUUAGAAACUUCAAAGGAAGUUCAGAAGACUGACUAGAGAAAUGCAGUGGAAGGAAAGAUACAGUGAUGCCCUGUUGUACUGGCUAAUAUUUAUUUUACUGUUUUAAUCAAUUAUCUGAUUUGUGCAUUGGUCAAAAUUUGCCAUUUUAAAGGCCUUUAAGCUAGAUCUUCAUUUCAAUAGAAGGACACAUCCCCACCUUUCUACUUAAGAAGUCGUUUUUAAUCAGAACUGUGACUCAUUUCCUAUGGCAUGAAAAAGAAGUAACGGCAUCUCCCUUUGAGUUUUUACUGUUGGACUGGCUCACAGUCGGCCACUUCCUCUUGUUGCCAGCGCUGUGAUUUCCCCACAGUUUUGGGUCAUGGUCGUGACUGGUAUAAAGGCAGUGGAACCUUUCCAAAUAGAAAGUUCUCAAAUUGGAUACAGCAUAAAACAGGAGCCUCGCUUCUCCUAUAGAUGCAGAGAAAUGCUGAAGGCGGCCAUUUGAAGACAAGAUCACCUUAUUCUUUCCGCCCGAGCAGACGUGGACAGUACUACCCUGGAGGCCCGUGAGACGCCACGCGAGCCUGGCCCCAGCACACCCGCGGCAGUGCGCUCCCGCGCAGCCGCAGUAGAGGGUUAGGAGCGCGAGCUUUCCAACUGCCGCGGCCGGCCCCGCGCAGCCGCAGUGGUGGGCUAGGGGGAGGGCCUUCCAACUGCUACGCGCGCAGGCGGCGUUUAACCGUGGCGGUGGCGCGUUCCGUGCCUUAACGCCUCAGAGCCGGUCUUAACCUCCUUACUCUCCCUCCACCUCUUAAGUGAGUAGCCAUGAGCUGGGCUGUGGGAGUCCUGCGGGCCGGCCGGAGAGUGGAGGCUGCGAGAGUGAAUUUCCUGUACCCGUGGAAGGCGCUGUGUCCCCGCCAGCCGGCGGGCAUCCCACUCCCGGGCACCUGGCCCGUCGCCCUCGCGGCUGGGAUGGCGACCGUCAAGCGUGAGCUUAUCAAGAAUUUCACCUCAGAGCAGGCCGUUCGUCACAACAAGGUCUCCAUUAUAGGAACCGGAUCAGUUGGCAUGGCAUGUGCUGUCAGCAUCCUGUUAAAGGGCUUGACUGAUGAACUUGCCCUUGUGGAUGCUGAUGAAGACAGACUGAAGGGUGAGACCAUGGAUCUGCAACAUGGCAGUCCGUUCGUGAAAAUGCCGACUAUUGCCUCCAGCAAAGAUUACCGUGUCACUGCAGACUCCAACCUCGUGGUCAUCACAGCAGGUGUACGCCAGGAAAAAGGUGAAACACGCCUUGAUUUAGUCCAGCGCAAUGUGGCCAUCUUUAAGUUAAUGAUUUCCAAUAUUAUCCGAUAUAGCCCUCACUGCAAACUGAUUGUUGUGUCCAAUCCAGUAGAUAUAUUAACUUAUGUGGCCUGGAAAUUGAGUGAAUUUCCUCAACACCGUAUUAUUGGAAGUGGUUGUAAUCUGGACACUGCCCGUUUCCGUUUCUUGAUUGGGCAGAAGCUUGGUAUUCACUCUGAAAGCUGCCAUGGGUGGGUCCUUGGAGAGCACGGAGAUUCCAGUGUCCCUGUGUGGAGUGGUGUGAACAUCGCUGGUGUCCCUCUGAAGGAUUUGAACUCCGAUAUAGGAACUGAUAAAGAUCCUGAAAAGUGGAAAAAUAUCCACUGUGGUGUAAUUGCCAGUGCCUAUGAGAUAAUUAAAAUGAAAGGUUAUACUAAUUGGGCCAUUGGCCUAUCUGUAGCUGAUUUAACGGAAAGUAUUCUGAGGAACCUUAGAAGAGUGCACCCAGUUUCCACCAUAAUUAAGGGUGUCUAUGGGAUAAAUGAAGAAGUAUUCCUCAGCGUUCCAUGUGUCUUGGGAGAGAGUGGUAUUGCAGACCUUAUAAAGGUGAAGCUGAGUCCUGAAGAGCAGUCCCAUCUGAAGAAGAGUGCGGAAACACUGUGGGAGAUUCAGAAGGAGCUCAAGCUUUAAAGUUGUUAGAAACUAUCAGAAGUUAUUGAAGAGAUAGUAGCUGUGAGGUUGUAUAUGUCAAAUUUUUUAAAAUAAACUUGAAAUUGCUAGAAGUUGGAAAUAGGAAAGGAAGUACAGUGACUCAUCUGUUUAUUUAGUCCCCAGGUUUUUUAUUUAGCAUACAGAUGUCAGGAUGAUUUUUUU